UUAUUCGAUUGAGCAUGAGCAUUCAGGUCACAGCAGCACAGGCCUCAGAGCAGGCAGCCACCAGGGCGGCGCUCAUGAAACUCCUCUUUUUCGCUGCCACUCUCGCCAUCCUACCAAUUUCAUCGUACUUCUUCACAGAAAAAUAUGUUUGGUCUGGCAAUUCCAACUAUGCUGCGAUCACCGCUAUAUGCGCGGCCAACAUUGUCCUCAUUGCGUACAUUGUCAUUUCUUUGAUGGAAGACAAGCAAUCAUUCAAGGAAGUAGAGGAGAAAAAGUUGUCAGAAUCCAAGAAGGAGCGAUGAAAUGCGUCAUUAUCCACCGUGUCAUACUCAGGCUUCUAGGCACUUUCAAUGCAUGCAUUCUUUCCGUUCA